GAAAUAGAUUUAUUCUACAAACCGACUUCUGCAAGCAUGCUUAUUUCAAUUUGAAAUCAAUUUAUUAUUUUAGAGAUCUACUGCGGCUUUCAGAUUUCGAUUGUUUCAGCGUUAAAUAAAUAUAAACAAAAAUUGUUGAAAGAAAUCGAUUUAUGUGUUCCUGCGUUUAAAGUUUUAUUAAGAGCAAGAUGGCUCUAUAUAGAGUUAUUUUAAAAAGCGCAUUUAUUGUGCUUGUCGUAACAACGUGUGCUAAUGCCGAGGCAGAAAAUGCAGACGAUGGAAUUACUGUUGAGGUAGAAGAAGAUGGAUAUCAGACACCAGAAAUUGACCCCAAAAAAGUGUACUUGGCGGAACAUUUUGACAAUGAAGCAGCCUUCAAAAAGAGAUGGGUGAAAUCAGAAGCUAAGAAACAGGGUGUUGAUGAGACCAUUGCUAAAUACGAUGGACAGUGGGAGAUUCAAGCUCCGUCCCGCCGUCUGCUCAAGGAUGACUUGGGUCUCGUAUUAACUACUGAGGCCAAGCAUGCGGCCAUCGCAACUCUAUUGGACAGGCCGUUUGAGUUCAAAGACAAACCGUUUGUUGUACAGUAUGAAGUCACUAUGCAGGAAGGUCAAAACUGCGGCGGUGCGUACAUCAAGCUCCUAUCCAAGGGGGUGAAUACCAAGAACGACCUCAAACAGUUUCACGACCAGACCCCAUACACCAUCAUGUUCGGGCCCGACAAGUGCGGGAACGAUAAUAAACUCCACUUCAUCUUCAGACACAAGAAUCCCAAGAAUGGUACAAUUGAGGAGAAACAUGCGAAGAAACCCACGCAGCGUCUAGACGACAUAUACAAAGACAAGGAACCCCAUCUUUACACGUUAGUCGUUCGUCCGGACAACACAUUCACAAUCUAUGUCGAUGGCAAAGAGGCUAACGCUGGUUCACUGUUAGAGGACUUCACACCACCGGUGAACCCACCUGAAGAGAUUGACGACCCUGAUGAUAAGAAACCGGAGGACUGGGAUGAGCGGGAAAAGAUUGUAGACCCAACAGCGACCAAGCCAGAGGACUGGGAUGAGGAAGCGCCAGCUCAAAUUGUAGACCCCAAUGCAGUCAAACCUGAGGGAUGGCUGGAUGAUGAACCGGAGAUGAUACCUGACCCGGAGGCGGUGAAGCCGUCGGACUGGGAGGACGAGAUGGACGGCGAGUGGGAGGCGCCGCUGGUGGACAACCCGCGCUGCGCCGCCGCGCCCGGCUGCGGGCCCUGGGCCCCGCCGCUCGUGCCCAACCCCGCCUACAAGGGCGUGUGGCGCGCCCCGCUGGUGCCGAACCCGCAGUACCGCGGGCGGUGGGCGCCGCGCCGCGUGCCCAACCCGCACUACUUCCGCGACGACGCGCCCUACAAGAUGACUGCCGUUACGGCCGUCGGAUUCGAACUGUGGUCCAUGUCUCCCCAACUACUCUUCGACAAUCUGAUCAUCACGGACGACGAAGCCGUUGCGGCGGAAUGGGCCAAACAAACAUACGCACUGAAGAGAGAAAGGAUUACUAGUCAAUCGAAAACGCUAUGGGGCCGCAUCCUAGCGGCCACCAAGUACAAGCCGGGCUACUGGGUCAUGUACGCCAUAUACUGCGCGGUGCCCAUCACACUCUACGUCGUCUACUUGCUGGGCCGCUCCAGGGAGCAAGACGCAGACGCGGAAAUAAAAAAGACCGACGCGGUGGUGGAGGACGACCCUCACGCGGAAGGAGAGAAAGAUGCGGAGGGAGAGGGUGAUGGGGAGGUAGAGGAGGAGGAGCCGGAACCAAAGGAGAAGGCCGGGAAGGCCGACUUGGAGGGACCCGUGGAGGAGGAAGUCGCUGAGUCGGCUGGCGGCGGGGACGGGCACAGGAAGAGGAAACCACGUAAGGAGUAAACCAACUGACUGCUGUCGUUUGUUGAUCAACAUGUCGGAAAUAUCAUCAAAAAAUUGUUGGAACAAAUAGAAAAUGAAUCUAAAUUAAAAAAAAGUAAAUGUCUCAAAAAAUUGGUAUUCAAAUGAUACGUUAGGUAGAUGCGUCAAACUCAUAGAUAAUGAUAAUAUAGAGUCAAGUCAAGUCGAAAGAAUUUCACUUACAUUUCAACGAAUCAAACUAAAUAGGAAAUUUCUAUGUCAUAUUUAAUGCUCCUAUAUAAAAUAUUUUUGAUGUCAUUCUAUUAACAAACGAUGCGAUUUUAAUGUUUAGGUAGCAAACGUGUGAACCAAAAUGGCGAAUUAAAAAACCAAUCGCGCCGUCUCCCUCAAACAUGUUAACGUGCAUGCGUUAAAGCGAGAUGGCAUGAUGUUAGUUUAAAAUUUUAGUUCAAACGCAAUAUAAUUUUUUCCUUAUCGAGGGAGUGGAUACUUUGCUUAGGUAUUUAAGCUUUUUGGUAGACUGUAUUUAGUGAUAUUUAUUAUUUAUAUACUUGCAAUAUUAUAUUAAAUAGUUUUCUUGUGGAUUUAUGGUAUGGCAAGCAAUUCCAUUAACUAAAAUAAUUUAAUUAUAUUAAUUUAUAUAUGUUUAAAAUAUAUAACUACUGUGCAACAACAUUAAGUAUUAUAAAUAUUCCAAUAAAAUCCAUUUUAUUUACUAUUUCUCAUGUCUACCAAAGAAAUACUAAAAUCCUUUUGAACACGGUAGGCGACAGAUAGAGGUGGUAUUUAAAUCAAAUCAAGAAAAUUACAAUAAAUAGGAACGGAAUACUUACAUGGUCUCGUAAACAUUUUAAUUUUAAGCAGAUCGGUAAAACAUAAUAAUAGUCUAAAAGGGUAAUUCAUUUAACUGUAUCUUUAACAAAACUAUAGUUUAUUUUCAAUAACCAUCCACCCACCUCUAUAGUUAUAUCAUAAUAAUUCCAGGGUUGUAAAAUAAUUAACAUUUCAAAAUUCCAGUAUUUUCCUUAAGUUAACUUGCCUCGAAAUAAAAUUUUAUAUAUAACACCUCCAAAACUUAGCGGAGACCAUUUUACAUACUACAUCAUAUGUAAUUAUAUCCUUUGACUUCUCCAUACGAGUAAAGUAUUCAUUGAUAUUUUAUGUGUGUGUUCAAGUAGAUUUAAUUUUUAAAUGUUGCUAGUAAAAAUAAAUUGAUAUAUAAUACAAUAGUUUGAACAGUUGCUGAUUUGACAUUUAAGCUUUUAUUAAAAGGUCUGCGUCAGUCGCUCGCCGGCCGUUGUGGGGUUAACAGGUCGGUAAAAAUAGUAACUGUUUAAACUAUAUUUCUACCAUAAUAUUUUCUCCAUACCGUCUUGAUAUAUUUCAUAGCUUAAUAUAUAAUUAUUAUUGUUAAUUUAUUUUCUUCUGUCAUAGCAUUUAUUGCUUUUAAGUACAGCAUGUACAUCAGUAUAUAAUAUAGUUAAUAUCAUAGGUGAAUGUAUAUUUGCUAUGUCUAAAGCUGAGGUAAGCGAAAACGCGGUUGUAUGUGAAGUAUUUGUUUGAUUUAAACUAAAUAUUGUCUAUGUUUUGUUAUUCAUUGCAUUUCCCAAAGAAAGAAAAUAAGAUUGUUCAAAUUCGUACAAAUAUGUGUUUUUUUUCAUCCUUAAUGUCUUUUGUUCGUUACUGACUUUCCAAAAAUAUAAAAUGAUUUCUUUAUUCUUAAUGACAUUUAGCAUUUAUUUCAGUUUUAAACUAUGUACGAAUUUGAUCGGCCUGAUUUUUAUAUGAUAAUUGUAAUAAUUUGAUAUCAUUCUGUUUUCAUGAUAUAUAUAUAAAGAGAAUUCUAUAGCCAAGAAACAAAACAAAAUAUUUGUAUUCAGCUAUGUAUGUACUGUGUGAUAGGUACGAGUUUAUGGACUGUAAUUUACAUUAAUAAAUAAAUAAUUUAUAA